AUGAUAAGAUUGACUCAUAGAUCAAUCAUUUCAAGUGGUAAUAUAAACUACUUUAAAAGAAAUCACAACUACCUCUUUAGAUCAUUCGUUUCAAAAUGUCCAAUAAAUAACGAUGCUCUUAAAUCAUCAUAUGAUCCUGUAACUAUCAAUAUGUUCACUUUAAUCACCACAGUUACAAAGCUAACAUUAACUUUUAUGAUUAAGGUGAUCGUUGAAUCUGAUAAAUAUAAAUGGUGGGAAGAUAAUCAUUUAUUUAAACCAAGAGAAGCAACCAUCAAAAGAAAUGAUGAUGAUAAUGAUGAUAGUGGUUCAAAUAGAUAUUCUAUGGUAUUACCACCACCAAAUGUUACUGGUUCUUUACAUAUUGGACAUGCUCUGACAACUACGAUCGAAGAUGCACUCGUUCGUUUCAAGAGAAUGUCUGGCUAUGAGACAUUGUGGAUUCCUGGUUUGGAUCAUAGUGGUAUCGCUACGCAGGUAGUCGUCGAGAAGGAGUUGAAAUCCAAACAGAAUCUAACACGACACCAGCUAGGCAGAGAGAAAUUCUUGGCAGAGGUUCACAAGUGGACCGACAAAUACUCGGAGAAUAUCAAUAAUCAAUUGAGAAAGACCGGUGCGUCACUCGAUUGGAGUAGAUCGGUGUUCACUCUAGACAAACAACGUUCAGAAGCAGUGGAGACUGCAUUCCUGCAUUUCUACAGAUCCGGUCUGGUCUAUCGUGCGACGCGACUUGUCAAUUGGUGUCCGGAGCUGCGUAGUGUCAUCUCUGAUAUCGAGGUCGACCACGAGUCAUUCGAGAAACCAAGACACUACAAGAUAAAGUCACGUGCUAAAUCCUAUGAGUUUGGUGUAAUUCAUGAUAUUGCUUAUCGUGUUGCCAAAGAUACCGCUGAUAAUAAUAAUAAUCAAGAGUCACUCAUUGUCAGUACAACUCGACCAGAGACACUGUUUGGUGAUACUGCGAUUGCUGUGCAUCCUGACGACAAGAGAUAUCAACAUCUUCGUGGAAAGAGUGUGGUUCAUCCAUUCACAGGCGAGUUACUACCGAUAGUUUUCGAUUCUAUUUUGGUCGAUCCGACUUUGGGUUCAGGUGCAGUAAAGGUUACACCAGCACACGACUUUAAUGACUAUGAGUGUGGUAAACGUCAUCAACUGCCAUCGCUUAGUAUUAUGAAUGAAGACGGUAAGCUGAAUCAGAAUGUACCUUUGGAAUUCCAAGGAGUAGACAGAUUGGAUGCUCGUGAGCUAGUCAUAAAGAAGUUGAAGGAGAUGAAUCUCUACAUUGCCAAGAAACCACAUCCUACAACUCUAUCAAUUUGCUCUAGAACCGGUGAUAUCAUCGAACCUGUUCUUCGACCACAGUGGUAUGUCAAUUGUCAACAACUAGGUAAACAAGCAUUGGAAUUAGUAGAGUCUGGUAAAAUUCAAAUAGUUCCACUGCAAUACAAAGAUAAUUGGUCAAGAUGGUUGUCAAACAUCCAAGAUUGGUGUAUUUCUCGUCAGUUAUGGUGGGGUCAUCCUAUUCCCGCUUACAAAGUAAUAUUGAAUAACCAAUCAACGGCAGAGGAUCAAGAGAAAUGGGUUGUUGGUGAAUCGAUUCAGGUCGCAAUGGAAUCCGCAAUGAAAGAGUACAAUCUAGCUCGUGAUUCAUUUACUUUGGAGAGAGACGAAGAUGUACUGGAUACUUGGUUUUCCUCUGGUUUGUUCCCUAUUUCGGCUUUAGGUUGGCCAUCACAAAACAAAGAUACUGUUGUUGAUCUAUCGAAAUUCUAUCCUCUCGAUGUCAUGGAAACCGGUUCCGAUAUUCUGUUCUUCUGGGUUGCUCGUAUGGUUAUGAUGUGUACAGCGAUCACUGGAGUAGCACCAUUUAAAACCAUUCUACUGCAUCCGUUGAUUCGUGAUUCACAAGGUCGUAAGAUGUCCAAGAGUCUUGGUAAUGUGAUAGAUCCACUUCACGUCAUCAAUGGAGUGUCUCUUGAACAACUGAAGGAAGGCGUAACCAACUCUAAUCUCAGUGAGAACGAGAAGACCACUGCUAUCAAAGGAUUAACCAAGGAGUUCCCACAAGGAAUUCCAAAAUGCGGUACCGAUUCAUUGAGAAUUGCUCUAAGUCAAUUCCCAAUCGCUGGCAAAGAUAUUAAUCUUGAUAUGUCGAGAAUUAUUGGUCAACGUCUUUUCUGUAAUAAGAUUUGGAAUGCCUCUAAACUAGUGCUCAUGUAUACCAAUAACAUCGUAUCAAAGAACUCAUUCAUCUAUCAAAAUCAAAUACAAUCGACUGAUCAACUACCAUUUAGAAUGGAUUCAAUCUCGAUUAUCGAUAUGUGGAUAUUGAAAAAGUUGGCGUCAUUGGUACAACUUGUCAAGGAAUCGUAUGAUAGCCACAACUUGUCACAGGCAUCGCAAUCUCUCUAUUCAUUCUUCCAAUAUGAAUACUGUGAUUUCUAUCUUGAGAUGUCAAAGCUGGCACUAAAUCGAAAAGAAAGAAGAUUGAACAACGCAGACACACCAAUAAUUAUGCUCAACACACUCGAAUGUUUCCUCAGACUUUUGCAUCCAUUUAUGCCAUAUCUAACCGAGGACAUAUGGCAACGUCUACCCAAGCUCGAAACAGAACCAAUUUCCAUUAUGAUUGCCAAUUAUCCACUACCAACACAUUAUCACCAUCAAUUACUUUUAUCUACAAACAUUGAAUCAAUUGUUAAUUUAAUUCAAAGUACAAUUCAUUCAACUCGUUCAAUUAGAACAUCACAUAAUAUUACCAAUCAAAUCAAAAUCAAUCUUAUUGUACAAAUUCAACAAUCAGAACAAUCAGAUAGUAUAAUAAGUUCAUUUAAACAACUAGAGGAAGAGAUAUCUAAGCUUUUGAAUUGUCAGAUGACAUUGACCACCGAUGCUGUAACUACCGGUGACGGUUUGACUAUCAAGCAUAUCGUAUCUGAGGAAUGUACACUUUGGAUUCAAUAUGAAAGACCAAAGAGUGAACAACAAGAUCUUAGUGCACUACUCAACAAAAAGAACAAACUUGUCGAGUCGAUCAAAGAUCUUGAAGAAGCAAAAUAA